ACGAAUUACUUGAUCCAUUUUAAGCACAUUGAAGUACAAACUAUCUCAUUUCACUAUGCAAAUCUACCCAUCCGUCGCUCUGGUCUUGUUGGCCGUUGCAUUCCAGGCUAAUGCACAAGCAACGAACUGGCGAACCGCAUCGUUGACCGCGCAUAACAAGUACAGGUCGAAACAUGGCUCGCCAGCGUUAGCAUUGGCGGAUGAUGUGAACACCUCCGCCCAAAAAUGUGCGGAUUACCUCGCCUCCAAAAAACAGAUGGCGCACAUCUGCCGAGAGAAAUUUGGUCAUAACUAUGGAGAAAAUUUGGCGAGUGGGAGUGGUCUCGGGGCAACCGCAGAAAAGGCGGGUGUCACCUCGACCGACAUGUGGUACAACGAGGAACCCAAGUACGACUAUAGCAAAAAUGCGUUUCAACCCGCUGCCGGGCAUUUUAGCCAGGUCGUGUGGAAGAGCUCGGCCCGACUCGGGAUGGGUUAUGCGGUCAAUGGCAGCUUUAAAAUUGUCGUUGCUCAUUACGACCCCGCCGGAAAUAUGGGGGGACAAUACACCGCGAACGUGCAGAGACCCCAGAACUAGACGAUUAUUUAAAAUGAAUCGGGGUGUGAAAUUCAUAUAUAAAUUUGUGUGAGGAAACUUUCCUCAGGAAAGGUUAAAAAUAAAAUUGAAAUUUGAUUUGUUGUUUCAAA